AUGACCGUCUUUGAUGAGCUUGCGGAGACUAAUGGCGACAAUGAAUGGAAGGACUGGUUGAGCAAGAUACUGGACCUCAAGAUUGAGAUCGCAACUUUUGUCGCUAGUCGGUGCAGAAGGGGUCAAGUCACAGAGAUUGUUGGCUACUUAAAGGGUUCUUUCAACUUGGGCCUCCAUGUUCGAUUCGAUGCGGGACCUGAUGCUGUUAUACGAUUCCCAAAACCAGGACACACUGCGUUUAGGGAUGAAAAGGUCGCAAACGAGGUCCGGUUUAUGCAAUAUCUCAGCGAAACCACACCCAUUCCAGUACCACAAGUCAUCAACUGGGGUCGAACUGAGGAGAGCCCAUACCAGUUAGGCCCGUUCAUCAUCAUGGAUUACAUCCGUGGCACGCGUUUGUCAACUGUCCUCAAGCAACCAACUCAGUCUAAGGACGAGGAUGUGAUUCUGAGCCCAAAUGUUGACAAUGCAAUGCUCGACAAAGUCUAUGAUCAAAUUGCCAGCUUUCUACUCCAACUCUAUCAAUCCAAUUUCAAUCUCAUCGGAGCCAUCACAAGGGAUCCCGUGCUGAAGACAUGGUCAGUUACUAGCCGACCCUUAACAUACAACAUGAACGAACUGGCAACUGUUGCUUUCUACCCCACGGACAAGUUUCCUACAGAACCGUUUGCAUCCGCAAGAGCUUAUUUCCAGGAUCUAGCGGAUGAACACACCACGCACCUUUGGACUCAGCGGAAUCUUGCUACAGAUCCUGAAGAUGCUUGGAAGCGGUAUGUCGCUCGACAUCGCUUUGAGCAGCUUAUCCCAAAGUACUGCACUGAUGAUGCUGGUCCAUAUACCCUUUUCUGCGAUGACUUACAACCUUCGAACAUGCUUAUCGACGAGGAAACGCUCGAGAUUACUGCAGUUCUCGACUCCGAGUCCACAAACGUCACACCAGCACAAUUCGCAUAUGACCCGCCUUGGUGGCUCCUGCUCUUGGGUCCGGAUAUGUGGCUUGAACGCUAUACUAUGGCAGAAUUUCUAGCCCGUUACGAGCCCAGAAUGGAACAGUUCUUGCAAGCUUUGGAAAGGGUGGAAGGGGGACCAAGAUUUGGGGGGGAGCAGCCGCUUGCCUUAAUGCGUGAAUCGUGGGCCACUGGGCGUUUCUGGUUCAAUUAUGCAGCAAGGACGAGCUUUGACAUUGACGCUGUCUAUUGGGCUGCACUGUCUGAGCGAGAUCCUGCUGGUACUGAACUGCUCCAUGAUAAAGAGGCACGCGAAUUGAUGAGGCCAUUCACAGAAAUGAAAAUGGAACAGUUGACGGCCUACAAGAAGGAGUGUACUGCUUAUUUUUCUUGA